GAGGUGUCCAUCUGUUUUGAAAGUUGGUUAUCCAUACGCAAUGUUUUAAUAACUUAUUUUCACUGCAAAUCAGGUCUAUCUCGAGGAAUUUAAAAUUCCAAAAUGGACGUGACAAUAUUAAUGUUGGCCGCGUCCGCUUUGGUUAUUUUAGUCAUCAUACUUUUUCUCUUGAAGCAAAGAAAUGAUUCAGCAGCAGCGCCAGAAUCUGCAGAGGCAGAAAACGAGAGGCAAGGAGUAAACAGGAGAGCAGGUGGUCCACGGAGAGCUGUUGCUGCUCGUGGAGCUAAUCUUAGGAAUAGAAAUGUUAGAGGUGGAAACCAAAACCAAGCAUCCGAUGGUGAAGAACCCCAGGUCGAUGAUGACGACGAUAUUGAAGCUGAUGCAGAAGAAUUAUUUGACUCGAAGCUGGGAGCAAAAAAGAGAGCAAAGAUGGAAGCUAAGGCGGAGAAGAAAGCAAUGAGAGAGGCUGAACAACGAGACAGGGAAGAGAAAAAGAAGAGAGAGGCCAAGAAAGAACUUGAAAGGCAGAAAGAGAUAGCGGAGAAGGAGGCAGAAGAGGAGCAAGUACGAGAAGCAGAGAGAAAAGCUCAAGAAGAAAAAGAACGCAAGGAUCAUGAAGAGUACCUAAAAUUGAAAGAGGCGUUCAGCGUCGAGUCGGAAGGUUUUGACGAAACUGUCGAAGAAGAUGAGCAAAAUUCUCUGCGAGCGUUUGUGCAGUAUAUCCAAGACAACAAAGUCGUCAUUCUGGAGGAUCUUGCCCUUCGCUUCAAGUACAAAAUUAAGGACGCCAUUGACAAAAUUGGCAAGCUCCAAGAAGAUGGCAUAUUGACUGGAGUCUUCGACGACAGAGGAAAAUUCAUUUUUCUAUCAAAAAAGGAGCUGGAAGCUGUGGCAAAAUUCAUCAGGCAGAGAGGAAGAGUCUCAAUCGCAGAAUUAGCUGCCUCAAGCAGUGACUUGAUCAAUUUUGCCCCUGUUAACACAGCUUCCGCCUAAUUUUGAAAUUAAAAUAAAAUUAUUUUGUUAUGUUUGUAUGCAUGUCUUAUCGUGUCAAUAAAAUUUAUUUAUAAAAUUCAAAG